AUGGCUGGCCCACGUCCUUCAUCCCAUAAGCCCCGGAGCAAAGCCAAGAAGAACGGCGGCGAUGGCGGCAGUCUUGUGGUCACCAAGAACGAGGGCCUGGUGAGGACCCCAACCUUCCCACUUGCUGCGUUUCUCUGGCCAGCUAGGGGCUCUGUAUCCCAAUGGGAGGUGCUGCCAUUGGUCUUGAUGGUUGUCGGCCUGUUCAGAUGGGCAGCUGGACUAUGGGGCUAUUCAGGCUUCCAAAAGCCCCCCAUGUUCGGAGACUACGAGGCGCAGAGACAUUGGAUGGAAGUCACCACGCAGCUCCCCGUCUCUCAAUGGUACUUCUACGAUCUACAAUGGUGGGGGCUCGACUACCCACCCUUGACGGCAUAUCAUAGCUGGGUUUGUGGAAAGAUCGGGUCGUUUAUUGAUCCGUCUUGGUUCGCUCUGUAUACAUCCAGAGGCUCUGCGGAUACAAACUUGAAGAUCUUCAUGAGGGCGACGGUUAUUGUCUCGGAAUACCUCAUCUACAUCCCGGCCGUUGUGGUGUUCGUACGGCAUUUCAGCAGACUGAAUGGUGUCGGCACUUGGACUGCCUCAGUUGCACUUGUUGCUAUUCUCAUGCAACCUGGUAUCAUCCUCAUCGAUCAUAUCCACUUCCAAUACAACACGGUCAUGCUAGGGUUUGUGGUCGCGACUUUCAACAGCAUCCUCGCAAAUCGAUUUCUCUGGGCGGCGUUCUUCUUUGUGGCUGCUCUUGGGUUCAAGCAGAUGGCCCUUUACUACGCCUUCUCUGCCUUUGCGUUUCUGCUGGGCAGCUGUAUCUUCCCUCGCGUCAACAUUCGUCGCUUCUUGGGAAUUGCAGUAGUGACCGUCAUUUCAUUUGUUCUUCUGAUUCUCCCGCUUGUCGCCGGCUCUCUGUACGAUCGAAGCCGUGGCAUUGACUCGAGACCGGAUAUUGAUGGUCCUCCCGCACCACUGCCCAUCUUCCUGUGGCUCCAGGAUUAUCUCGACACCGGAGCUAUAUACUACCCAGUCGUCCAGCAGCUGGUCCAGAUGGUUCACCGUGUCUUCCCGUUCGCACGAGGCUUGUUCGAAGACAAGGUCGCUAAUUUCUGCGGGCAGUCAAGGCCUCGGAUCGGAUACAAGAGCGUGGGUCGGAUUUGCAAAUUUGCUCGGGUGCUGGACAAUGUUUCCACUCCUGGCACGCGUUGA